GGUAAACAAACAAAGCUUCGAGGCUCGGCCAGGCACUGAUGUUUUCGAUAUGAAGCAAGAACCAUAAAAGAAAAUUAUGAGAGGCCCAAUUCUCUUCCACCAUAGAACUGGACUCACAUAUUGGUUGAAACAUGAGUAGAAAAGAACGAGAUUGAGAUGUGAGAAGAAAGUCAAAUCUAUCUCUCGCAGAGGCUCUCCAGUUUACCUCACCAAUGGAGAGUGAUGUGGAGGAGGAUUCCAGAUACCUUGCAGACAGUGGGAGGAAGUCUUCUUCCCACAGCCAUCAGAACAGUCGCAGCCAUGACGGCCACAUAUCCAACAGGUCGCAAAAAUCCCUCUCCCACACCUCAGCGUGGGAGAAGGACCAUGCCAAUCCAGACGAAGACUGGACACUCUCACAGUCCAGCUUGAAGUCGAGUAGUAGGAAAUCGGACAGCAGAAAAAGAAGCAAUCAAACCCCGGGGAAAAGCCGAUACGGGAGAGCGCAGCAGAGGCAGGCCAUGGAAGGAGAAUUGGAAAAAUAUGCAGACAAUGGACAGAGUAAUGGAGAUCAAUUAAGUGUCCAGGAGGAAGCAGAGGAAAGCACUAAUGACACGUCGAUGGAUGAGACCAGCUUCAGCACCUCCACCUACACAGACAAGGAAAAUGGGAGCUCCUCAGAGCUUUCAAUCGACCCUGUUGUUUGGAAGAAAUUCAAGUUCCUCACUUCCAUCCUCAAGGAAACACAGCACAACCUCAAAGCGAUGGAUGAACUCGUCCUUGAGCAUCAGCACUUGCAGGAAUUGACAGACCGUGGUGCAGUCCGGAGCACAACACAUGCGCCUACUAAUUACAUUCCAGGCACAGAACAGGAGCUUGGUGACGGGGAACCUAAAACAGAUGAGGCAAAGCUUGAGGAGAUCCUGAGUCUGCUUCACAACCUUACGCGCACACUGUCAUCGUAUGAACAGCAUCCUCUGCUGGUGAGUGCGUGGGAUUUUAGAUGCAUGGAUUCUUGA